CCUGCAGGCCUGGGAUCAGUUCCUCUGCCGCGGCAUGAAGUUUAUCCACAGGGUGGGCCUCGCGCUGCUGCAGGAGGCGCGGCACGAGCUCGCGGCGCCUAGCGCUGGCUUCGACGCCUGCAUGCAAAGGCUCAUGGGCGCCGGGCAUAACACGGCGCUCUCGCCGGAGGAGCUUGUUGAGCGUGCGCUCGAGUUCCGGGUGACCAACCGCGUCCUGGGCGAGCUGGAGCACGCGCUCGCUGGCGGCCGGGCGCGAUCUGGCAGGUUGCCGGUCUGCUUCCCCGAGCGGGACCUGGACACAGGCCGCACGCGCCUUCGGGUGGUGGCGCCUCCUGGCGACGCUGGCGACUCGGCGCAUGGCUUCCGGCCCGGCCCCGCGGGCCGCGCCUUCUUCGAGGACAUGCUCCCCGCCGCGCGCAUACCCGCGGACCCCCGCGCCGCCGCGCUGCCCGCUUGGCCUCCGCAGGCGCGGCCGUGCGCGGCGCAGGCCGGGACUCCGCGGCCCUCCUCGGUGCCGAAGAAACGGGUCCUCAACAAGGCGCUGCGUGCCGUGCGGCGCUCCGCCGCGCGCCGCGGCGCGCAGGGCGCAGCGCAGGGCGCGGCGCAGGGCGUUGCACAGGGCGCUGCGCCGCGCGGCCCUGCCGGCGACCUCGAGGCUGGGGCCCCCCCAUCGUGCGGCGGAGGGGCGGCUGCGGAGGCGCAGUCCCAGGACUACCUGGCCGAGGGGCGGCGCUCCCACAGCCUGCCCGCCGCGCGACGGCGCGCGGGGACGUGGGGCGGCGCGUCGUGCAGCGCGCGCGGCGGGGCCGCCGAGGACCCCGAGGCGGAGCCGCCAGCGACGCCCACGGCGUCGCGCCCUCACGCCAGGAGGCACCACUUGGCCCGGAGCCUGCGGCUGUUUUCCGCGUCUGGCGCCGCGGCGGGCGCCGCGGAGCCCGGUGGGGGCGGGUCCGAAGGCGGCGGCCCCGCCUUCGGGGGCCAGCAGCCAUCGGGCCCCGCCGCCGCCGCCUCGCGCCGCGCCUCGCCGCGCCAGAGGCAGAUCGCCGGGGCCUGGCAGAGCAGCGAGGAGGCCGCCGCCGACCGCCAGCAGCAGAGGCGCCGCAGGCCCAGGAAGUCUUGGGCGAGCGCGCUCACCGGGCGGCGCCACGGGGCCGGGCAGGACGACAGGGUCUCCAGCGACGAUCCAGAGGCGGCGGCCUCGGCGGGCGCGGCCGCCCUGGCGGAGGCCUCCGUGGAGCACGGCGUGUGCCUCCUGGCGUCGUCCGGCGGCUCCUCCGAGGAGUCGGCCGCCGAGUCGCCGUCGGGCAGGCAAGCGGCGCCGCCCGCAGUCGGCACGCUGGAGGAGGCCGCCGCGCCGUCCGCGGGGCGCUCCCCGCGAAGCCCGUGCCCGGCGCCCUCGGGCGCGCGGGCGGCGAAGGGGCACAGGUCUUGGAUGGAGAAGCUGCAGAGGGCAGGGCGGAGGCGCGGCAACCACCGAGCCAAGGCCCGCAGCGACAGCAGUUGUCGUCACCGCCAUCGUCAUCGUUGUCCUCACCGUCGCGCGCUUCGGGAACAAUCCAGUCCGGUGGCACCGCGAACCAAUGGCGGCCUCCGAUCCCGUUCUUGA